UUGUUAGUGGAAAUAGAUUAUACAUCACUUACACUUACCUUGACCGUCCUCUGAUUAAUCAUUCUAUUGAUAGUGUGUAAAUGAACGGACAUGACAGCAAGCAGACAAUAGGUGGGAACAUUGCUGAUAUGAGUGGACAAGCAACUGGUAGUGUUAGUCAUCUUGGCAUUAUGCAUACAGCCAUUGCACUCUGUUGAUGUGGAGUGCAUUGGAAGCAAGGGAGAACCGGGUAUUCCCGGAGUUCCGGGUCCUCCAGGAAGACAGGGACCAGUAGGAAAACAAGGAGCAGCAGGAAUUUCAGGCGGCACCGGCUUGAAGAUAAAUGAUUGGCAUUUAUGUGACUGGCUUGUCAAUUAUUCAUUGUUUGUAAUUUCUUUUUAAGGUGAGGUAGGAGCUGAAGGUGCAGUUGGUCCACCAGGUAAACAGGGAGUGCAAGGUGUGAUGGGUCGUGCAGGUCCACCCGGACCUCAAGGUCCUCUAGGGAAAAGUGGAAUGAUGGGUCCACCGGGACCCAGAGGUCCUCCAGGACAAACAGGAGGACAUGGAGAGAAGGGGGAACGAGGAGUGGAGGGUCCAAGAGGUUUGGCUGGAUUAGAUGGCAUUCCGGGUGCUGCAGGUCCCAUCGGACCCGUAGGAUCACGUGGACCAUUAGGAGUGAAGGGUGAUCGUGGAUUACCCGGAGCAAAGGGAGAAGCCGGACCACAAGGUCAUCCUGGUCCAGAGAUGAGUGAAGAUGUGUUGAGACGCUAUUUUUCUCCAGUCAAGGGACUGGCAGAGAGGAUGAAACGACUGGAGGAUUGGAAAGAAGAGGUAGACAAGCAAAGAGAGUGGACAAAGAGUAGAACGAAUGAGAGUAGAGUGACUGUUGCAGCACAUCUUGUAGGAUCAUCAGCCAGAUGGUAUACUAUAUCAGGUGUGAUAACCUACUGGCAAACAAGCAGUCCAUCAUUCUUACUGGGUGCCAUCACAUACAGCAAUGGAGCUCUUACAAUUCCAUCUGAUGGUGUUUACUAUAUUUAUACACAUCUCUACUUAAAUGACAAUAGUGGCAAUUACAUUCAACCUUACAUCAGAGUAAAUGGCAAUAUUGCUUUGUACAUUUCAAGUUACCAUCAUCAUGGUGAAGGCAAAACCAAGCACGCUGGUCUACUUCAGCAGCUGAAAAAAGGUGAUAGCGUUGACAUAUAUGGUGGAGGAUUUCAACACUUCAUGGGCUCUACUUAUUCAGUUUUUGGUAUUUUUAAGAUCUACUAGACGCAUGUUGUUGAGAAUGAGAAUGUCAAUUAAUUAAGUGAUAAGUGUGAGUGUCAAAUGACUCUCAAUGUGAUCAUGUUUAAUAGUAAUUGUAGUUGUGACUGUGUAUGUUGGACUGUAGAGUGACCAUUCA